AGGAAACAAGAGGCUGCAAAGUGAGCUGCCUUUUCCCCAGACUACUUAGACAUUGCGCAUUCCACAGCUCUAUCCAAAAAGACACAACUUGUCCGUAGGAUAGGAUUUGCUGUGGACAUCCGAGCAGCCCUUUUGGGAUGUGAACAAGGAUUGUUAUAGAAGAUAUUCAGAUCUGGACUUAUCGCUCUGGACUGUUAAUGUCACAAACUGUUGGGACAUCUGGUCAAAGAGUGGACACUUAACAAUGAGCCCGAUGUUUAGACAACUGUAACCCAGUCCUUGUUCUCUGGGACACAAUCAACAUCCCUUUAUAGAGCUGUCACAGCGGCACGGUACUCCAGGGACCAUAACCUGUCUGAAUCCCCCAUCUCCAAGGUCAGGUAAAAGGAAGCAUUUGCCUGUGUAAGUAAUUCUUCAUUCGCCACCCACAGACCUUUCUGUUUUUUUGGGAAUGUGAUUGGGCUUUGCAGAUCAGUAUCGGUUUACCUAUCUCUUAGUAUGUGUGUGUCAGCCAACUGCAUAUCAAAUUAAUUAAAAUGUUACUGUUUAAGGGUUAAUCACUAAACACUAAACUGUAGUGAAUUGAAAACCAAAUCGAAACAUUUUAAUUAAUAUAACCGAUUUGGAAAGAUUCGAGCACUGGGUGUAAUCAUCGCUUGGCUAUUUUAAAAGGAUUUUCCAAUUAAGAUUAAAUUAAUUACAAUUCAGAGUUUAGUGAAUACAUAUCUUCAGUAAGAUGGGUACCAGAAGGAUCUGUGUAUAGGGUAAAGGAAGCUACCUGGAGCAGGGGGCCACAGAUAGUUCAAUGUGAUACUCACAGCAAAUCACACCUGUCUCUAAUUCUUUGUGUGAGAUUUACAAAAUGGUGACAUAUUUGGAGAUUUAUCAUCAUAGCUCUGUGCAAUGCACUGUAUGAGGGGGCGCACCCAGAGAAAAUUACCAUGUAAUUUUAUUUAAAUACAAUGCAUAAUUUUAAAAAUACACAUUUAUGCUGUAAUGAAUAACUAGGUGUGAAAAGAAAUAGUCAUGUAUGUUUAUUAAUAAAAACAAAUAAAAUAUAUCAUAUAUAAAAACACUAACACAAACUCAUGCUUUAGUGCCCAUGGAUCCCUAAACAUGGGGCAGAUAUCAUGUCCUGCACUAGGGUAUAUCCACCUGCUAUACACUUUUCAAUAGUCAUGUAUUAUUAUUAUCAAUAUUAUUAUUAUUGCCAUUUACUGCAGCCUUGAUUUGACUCAUUCACGUCCCUAGUUAUGAUCUGUAGAAUAAUGUAAUGUACAUUCAUCAAAGUGCUAUUGCUGGCUGGUGCUACACCCUUCCUCCAUUUAUAUUGCAUUAUAUAAAUAAUAUAAUAAGUAAAAAGACAAAUUAAAGUCCCCAGGAUUUGCAGCUUGCACAGUGAGUUCUCCGCAGAGCAGCAAGUGGAUGAUAUCCUUUGUACUCCCAACACAUUCUAUGUGGAAGACUAGUCUUAGAAUGCUAGUAGAGCUUCCUUUUGAAGUAGUGGAGGCAGGGAUAGGUGCAUCAUGGGUUAAAGGUAAGAAUUUAAACUGUUCUAAAAUGGCUUCACUGCAAAUGAUGGGGAGGGGAGAGGUGCAAGGGCUCUCCACUGCCAAAAUAUGUAUUUUAAAUCACUGUUUAGUAGAUAUACCCCAAAUGAAAACAUUAAUGCAUUUAAUUAUGUAUUUUUUCAUUGGGGAUAUAACUAAAAUCAGCUUGCAAAACCUGCAGUUCUCUUGACUGCUGCCUUUGCAAGCUCUCCCCUUUUAACCCCGCACAGACUUUCUGUGGCUGUCCAAUCACAGACUUCCCAAUACAGCUCAGUGAGAAAUCUUUGUAAGACAGGUGCUCUGAGCAAUUGCUGUCUCUUGACAUCAUCUGCAUUGAGCUAACAAAACCAGGAAGUAACAUUACUUGUUGUCUGUAAGAGGGUAAGAGGGUGUAACCAGUUUAAUUUAUAAAAGUGUCAAUUUCCAUUGAAAUCUGCACUUUUGCAAAAAAAAAUUCAAAAAGGAUGCGCUCUUCACACAUAAAGCUUUUCAGCAAGCUAAAGUUGUUUAUGGGUCUGGAGUGCCCCUUUAAUAAUUACUUCACUGUGGACGUUGUACAUCAUUCUGGAAAUCAGAGGUCUAAGUAGUAAAACCAAUUGGACCAAAUCUACGGUCACAAAUUAAAGAAUUAGCAGGUAUAUAAUAAUUUAUCACUAGAGGUGCUAUUUAUUUUAAUCCAACUCUUUUGGAAGAUGCUUCCUUCAGUAAUGUUAAGCCCUUAAUCCCUACAAAGUGCUCAUUUCCACGAAUGUGGUAUUUAAAAAAAGAAAAGAAAACACAUGCUAGAUGUAAAACCACAGGUUUCCAUAUUUGUGUGCUACUCAUGUCCACCUCCACUGAUAAAGACAGCCAAAUAUGUUAAAAAAUUAAUUCAAAAAAAUUGCACAUUUUGCUAUUCAUUGCUAUAGCAAUUCCAUCAGGACACUAAAAUAGGUUCUCUCUGAACAUAUACACCUUACCUGCAAGCUUCUAAGCUAGAUACCCUAGGCGUUUACAUAGAUCAAACUUGCCAAGUUUCACAGGUAUUAACUGAAAACCAUAUACAUCAUGCUUAUAGAUAAGAGUCAGUGCUUAAAGUAACACUAUAGGGUCAGGAGCACAAAAAUGGAUUCCUAACCCUUUAGUGUUAAAACCACCAUUUAGGUGGCUUGCCCUCCUUAAUAACUAGUUUACUCACCUUAUUUCCAGCACCGCGCGGGUCCUCUGGCACUGGCCCCGCCCUCGAUCCACCUCCUUGGCUGACACCAAAUAGGAAAAGCAUUGAACUGGCUGAGAUAGUCAAAGAGGCGGGUGGGGGCAGAGCCAAACACCAGCUUGGCCAAUCUGUAUCUCAUUAUAGGCAUGCAAUGAAUCAAUGCACCUCUAUGGGGAAAGUUCAGCGACUCCAUGCAGAGCGUGGAGACACUGAACAUCAGUGCUGCACACUGUGCAGCACUGCCCCAAGAAGCACCUCCAGCUGCUGUCUGAGGAGUGGCCACUGGAGGUGUCUCUAGGGAGCAAUGUAAACACUGCUUUUUUUUUUUUUAGAAAAGGUAGUGUUUACAGCAAAAAGGCUGCAGGGACUAUACACAGCAGAACAACUAUUUUAAGCUGUAGUUGUUUUGGUAAUUACACUUUAAUUGUACCUAAAUAUAAUUAAUUAUAUUAUAAUUUAACAAACAAGAAACAAAGAGACAUUGGAAUUUUCAUUCAUUGACAAGCAUACAUUUGGCCAUCUAGAAAAGUUGGGAUUUUAUUAGGGUAUUUAUUUAAAGGGACACUCCAGACACCUAAAGCACUUUAGCUUGCUGAAAAGUUUCAUGUGUGAAGAGUAUUUCCAAAAGUGCAGAUUGAUUUUAUUUUUUAAAAUAAAUUCUACUGGUUACACCACCCUAGCAUUUCAAACAAAGAACAGGUCCGGCUACAUCCCGGUUUGGCUAGCUUAGUUGCACUGAUCUUAAGAGUCAGUAAUUUCCCAGAGCAAGUGCCUUGGCAAAGACUUCUCAUUGAGCUGCAUUGGAAGGUCUGUGAUUGGACACGCACAAAAAAAGUCUGGGCGGGGUUAGAAGGGGAGGGCUUGCAAAGGCAGCAGACAAUAAAACUAUUGCUUUUGCAAGCUGUUUUUAGCUUUAAAGGGACACUCCAGGCACCCAGGCCACUUCUGCCCAUUGGAGUGGUCUGGGUGCCAACUCCCACUACCCUUAAGCCUGCAACUGUAAAUAUUGCAGUUUUCAUAAACUGCAAUAUUUACCUUGCAGGGUUAACUCCUUCUCUAGUGGCUGUCUACUAUACAGCCACUAGAGGGCACUUCCGGGUUUAUAGCACACAUUCCGUGUGCUAUAGCGUCGCUGGACGUCCUCACGCUAUGUGAGGACCUCCAGCAUCGCUGAAAUCCCCAUAGGAAAGCAUUGAAAGUAUUUUUCAAUGCUUUCCUAUGGGGGGUCUAAUGUGCAUGCGCAUUAGGUCUCCCCUGCCGCUGGCCACGCAUGCGCAAUAGGUCUCCCCCGCCCGACGACGUCAGUGGGGGGGGAGGAGCAUGGGCGGACCCUGAACCAGCACCGAGGGACAUCGUGCUGGAUACAGGUAAGUCACUGAAGGGGUUUUAACCCCUUUAGCAACCUGGGAUGGGGGUGGGAGGGAGAAGGGACCCGCAGUGCCAGGAAAGCAAACCGUUUUGGAGAGUCCCUUUAACUCCAAUGAAAAAAUGCAUAAUUAAAUGCAUACAAGUUUUCAUUUGGGGUAUGUAUACUAUAUUUGUAUAUAUUUUGUGUUUAGGCAGCGGAGUGUUCCUUUAUAUAAGCAAUAACCAGUAACAUGGGAAAAUAUUAUUUUAAUAGACUUAAGACAAUGUUUAUAUUAUACACUGAUCAACUGGGAAUUGUGCAGAGUUUAUCAGGGAAUGAAACAUUUUAGACCAAAAUAGAUGAGCUAGGCAAAUAUCUUCUUCUAUUGUAGCUUAAAUUUGCCAUUCCCUGGCCAAUGUCUGACAGUUUUUACAAUGAUCGGUUUAGUAAAAAAGUGAACAAUAAUUUUACUUUUCCCAGUAAAACUGCACCAAGUUGCUUUGUUAUUUCUACGUGGUGUGGACACAGCGUAGCUAUGCCAGGAAUUUCACUCUGCUGAAGUGUUCAACAAUCAGACUGCAAAUAGCUACCGUGGCCGAAUGAAUUAUCACAGAAGAAACAAGAGAAAAGAGAACAGAAACAGCAGGCGUCCUGAACGAGACCUGUCAUAGAAAAAAAGGGAAAAUGAAUACAUUAAAUGAAUAUUAGAGUUUACAAAUAACACUUGUUUUAAUGCCCAAAUUAAAAAAGGCAAUCAGGCAGGAUUAUUUACCGACAUGUGAAUUAUCAGGAAUUUAAUGUGAAUUUCAAGAUUCAAGCCAAAUAACCAGUUUGGAAAAAAUCUGUCGGUCAGCAGUAUUUGUAGUUUAUUUUGGCCUUAAUGCCCAACACUUCUGGAAUCUAGACGGGGUCCUGAGGGGGUGAGAGUAUUCAGUGAUGCCCAUAAUGGUAGGGUCUGUCCAGAAAAGCCACUGAUAAGCGGUUUGGCCGCCUCUCCCCCCCCCCCCCAGCCUUCAACACCAAUUACAGAGCGCAGCUGAAGCGAGGGCCUGAUGCACUCGUGCUUCGCUGCCCAAGGACAGAUCUCAUGUUUCCCCACAUGCAGGACACUAGCGAACUAUAGCGGCACAGGACCCAGAAAUUAGAACUGCCACGUCCAAAGCAGGACUGUUGGUAGGACUGAAAUGGAAGUUCAAAAUCUCUGAAAUUUUUGACAAUUCACACUGUUAGGUACUAUUAAUGUAGCAAGUCUAGCGUAUUCAAGAGCUGAGAUAAAAACAUGGUUAUUCGCUACAGUGAGAAUUGUGAGAAAUUCUAAUUUAAUUGCAAAUUUAUCAUAUUUUGCGAAGACCCCAGAUGUUGUCUUGCCACUUGGUGCACAGGACGUUAGGUUUUACUUACCUUACCUGAAACUGCAAUCACCACUGACUUGGAUUUUUUUUUUUUUCAUUUUGGCUCUUUUAGCCUAAAUGACAAUUCUCGCUUGAAUUGAAUAACCUGGUUACUUAUUGCAUCCUUUCCACUUCAAGAAAACAUAUCCAAGUACAGUGUAUUGUAAAUAAAGGGAAAAAAAGGGUGGUAUCCCAGAUGACAUCACUGACCUUUACGUUAUCUUUAAAGGAACUUUGUCACCAACUGGGAUCUUUACAUAAUUAGCAAUGAUCCGCCAAGGGUUUGGUGACUGCUAGGUGCAGGGGAAGGCGGGUUUUACUUACUCAAACUCGUCCUUCACAGUCACCAUCACUGUCUUCCUGCUGGUAGGUUUUGGCUAGUGGCACUACAUCUGUUGGGAGCCCAUGUUAGUUUUGUACAACACUGAGGUCUACAGAGGAUUCAAAAAACUGCGGGAUCCACCUUAGACAGUGGUAGCUCUGCUUUUGUCAACUUUUGUCAAGCAUAGGAAAAGUAGUCCAUACUUUGUCUCAGAAUAUUUUUUGACUGCUUUGGGAUUUCAAUGAAAUUACAAUACGGUCAAUGUGAGUUUUUCGUAAAGAUUUUAUCUUUAUGAAAAACUAAUUUUGAUACGGGGAGAGGUCGGGUUGUCAAAGCCACUUUAGCAUGUAAUAAUAAAAGGUUAAUAUUCGCUCGAUCAAAAGGAAACUGAAUCAAACAGACGUUAACUAAAUGCUUUCUUUGCAUAGUAUUUACAGAGUUCCUUUAAUUGAUAUUAAACAUACAACCAGGGGUCGUUCGUUAUUAAAGUAAGAGAUAUUCAUGUUAAGAGAAUAAAUCAUUUAAUUUAAACAUUUUUAUCCAAUUACAGCAAAAGACAACUUUCAAGAUGGAUGAGUCACCUCCCAUGAUGUCUACUCCUAAAUCAUCCAAAUGUAUGUAUUUCUUUUUAAUGAUUUUCCACAAGAUCACAUUUGUAUUAUUGCAGUAUAUAUGAAACAGGUCAAAUUCAAUAUAAUAAAUGUAACCUAACCUACACAGUGCACGAGCGUCCCUUUAGUAGUAUAGACUAUGCAUUUUUCACACAAAAACUUCAAUAUUUGUGUUCAGUGAUGUCUCACAAGUACAAGACUAAACCCCCCAUGCACAUGUUUUAUGUAGAUAUAUAUAUCUGUAUACAUACAUUACACACACACACACAUAAUCAAAAUUAUUCAACCCCCAUUGAAAAUUAGGUUUAUUGUCAAAAUUUCAGCUUUUAGCUGUUUGCAAUGAACAAAUCAACCAAUCAAACAAAAUAAAUUAAAAUAGCUCAACACAACAAAUGCUUUAAGUGGUUUCCCCAAAUUCAACUGAAAGUGCAACGUAUAAUGACUUCUCUAGACUCAAAAUUAUUCAACCCGUUCAUGGCGAGCAUAUUUAGUACUUAGUAGAGCACCAUUUUGCUGUUAUGACCUGCUGCAAACGAGAUGCAUAGCCAGACACCAGCUUAUGAGCAAUAGCCUCCGGUUCAGUAAUGUUCUUGGAUUUGCGUGCUGCAACCACCUUCUUCAAAUCCCACCAGAGAUUUUUUUGUGGGGUUCAAGUCAGGUGACUGUGAUGGGCACUGUAGAAUUUUCCAGGAAUUCUUCUGCAGCCAAGCCUUGGUGGAAUUUGAGGUAUGCAAGGGAUCAUUAUCUUGCUGGAAGGUCUAAUAACACCCGAGCUUCAUCUUCCUCACAGACAGCAUGACAUUUUCUCCUAGGAUUUCCUGAUACUUCAAUUAAUCCAUCUUGCCUUCCACACACUGCAGGUUUCCAAUACCAGAGGAUGCAAAGCAGCCCCAGAGCAUCACCGAGCCACCACCAUUCUUACACCAUUCUUAAUUGUAGGCAGAUUUUUGGGUCAGUAGUGGUGUUCGUCUUGGAGUUCUGGCAUGGAAACCUUCUGCGUUUAGUAUGCGCAUUACUGUGCUCACUAUGCCUAUUGCCACCAAGUCUCGCUGCAGUUUUUUUGCAGUCAUUCAACAAUCUUUCACGACCUGCCUUCUUAGAAAUCUGGUGGCAAACACUGAUAGCUUCCGUUUUCUGCCCUGUUCAGGUAGUGUAAACACUGUUCUUUGAACUUUUAACUUGCUAAUUAUGCUUCCAACACUGUCUCUGGGAACAUUCAGUGCCUUCGCUAUCUUUUUGUAUCCUGUUUCUUGUUUGUGAAGGGUGAUGAUCUCUUCGCUUUUUGUGGACCAUUCUGUUGACUUAACAUAUUUCUAACAUAUUUCUAACAUUCAGUCAAACGUGACACUCAACAAAAACCUAGCCAGUUCAGGUAUUUCAAUUGUUUCAGCUCAAGCACACCUGGUGCAACUAAUGAAGCCCUUGAUUAGUUGCAUCAGGUGUGCUUGAGGCAACACCUGUUUUGCAUAUUUUUGCUGUUGUGAGAGAUUCUGUUCAAGAGAGAUUCUAUUCAUUUUGAGACUGGAGAAGUCAUUAAGCUGUAUUUUCCGAAUCGUUGUAUGUCCUGAGGAGAGUCCUGGUCUGGGACGGAAAUUUUGACUAUUUUACUUGGAUUUACGCUACAAUAAAGAAGCUAGAUUUUUCUCAAGACUCAGAGUUCUGGUACUUUGCGGACUAGAAAAAUCCCAGUCGCCAGGUCAUCAUGGCAACUAUUAAUUGUGUCCAAUCCUGGGUAUUUGUCAUCCCAUUCAGUGUAGGCGGCACGGUAAGGGUGAAUGCAGGCGGCAGCGAACAAUGCAGGCUGGUGGCAAGAUAUCAUGAAGGCAUCUAGCUGAGGGAGCACUAUGAUUUAUGUAAAAUACACACUCCCUGGAACAAUUAAUAGAGUGCUCCAAACAUUCUACAUAUAUAACUGUCUUUCAUUUUUUAAAUUCUCAAUAUAAUUCACUGAUCUAAAAUAAACCUAAGUAGAAACUCUAAUAUGUUUUUUAUCAAUGUUUGGUUACGUUCUGCAAAGUAGCACAAACAUGCAAUAUCUUUUGCCAGUAGAACUGUUAGCAACUAUAUAGAUCUCAAAAAAAAUAAAAGUUUUUAAUUUUGGUAAUUCUGUUCUCAUUCCUAAAAGUUUAACACCAUGAAUAUAGUCAGUCUUUAUUUCUGAGAGGCAGUUCUAUGUCUAGUCGCACGAUGAUGAUGUCACAAAAUAAGCAGCACCAUAAAUUGAAAAAUAUUAAUUUUUAUAUAUAGUUUUUUGCUUGAACUAUAUUUACAAUAGUGUAGAUAGCAUUUUCCGUGCUUUGAAUACGUUGUGUAAAAUAUUAACAAAAUUACAAGGGAUUGUGAACUGAACCAAAAUGCUAAAUGUAUGCUACUAUAUUCAAGCAGUGCUUAAAGGGCAUUUGAAGUAUUUUUUGCAAAUGAGCACUUUUUGCCCUUUACUAAAUGUGGGUGUUUAGUGAAUAAACCCCAAAACCUGUCUCAGAUUAUUUUUGCAAUAUUUAAUGUGCCCCUAGGUGUCUUUACCCUGACUGUGACAUCAUGUGCUAGCCACAUAUUAAAUAUGAUGCAACCACAUUUGAGACAUUUGGUGACAUUGGCUAUUUAUCAGCUUACAUCUGACUACUUAGGGGAUGACAGAGGCUCUAUUUUCCACCAAACAUCCAGUUCCUUGCUGUUAGUGGGUAAGGUACAUUCUCGUUCUCUAUUGACAUGUGUACCUGAUGUAUGAGGCUAGCAGAGGUAUAUUUAAGAACUAUUUGGAUUUUGGGUGUUCUAUUUCCAUAAGUCUUGUGUGUGGGGUAUGUUUAGUAUGGUAUGCUAAAUAUGCCAAUAAAUUGGGCUGGAGCAGCUACUGCCCUUCUUCUGCGUAUGGUGAUCUGUAACAUUCUUCUACAUUGGAUCAGUGGUGAGGUCUUCUAAACAUAACUUAGACCAGGGGUGUCCAAAAGGUAGAUCCCCAGAUGUUUUAAAACUACAGCUUCCAUGUUGGGCACCUCUGCCUUAGACAGUUUGCAGAGCACGUAGGGUAUAUAGGCAAGACCCUAGGUCUUUAAUGAUCAAGUCAUGAAAUACAAAGAACAAACAAUUUAUCAAAAGUAAAAUAGAUCAAAUUCACACAUUUUGAAUAUUCUCAAUAUGCAUGAUAAUAUUACAAUGUAUGUUUAAAUAUAAAAGCACAAACACAAUUUCUUAUUAUAAUGCUUUCCAUUUAAGAUUACAAAUGAUCUAUCAGUUGUUCUGUGGUCGACUAAAGCGUAUCAACUGUUUUGAGUAAGUGGGGGAAUAGGGAAUCUUUAGGGAACCUGGAUAGGAUUUCAAAGCAAGUACAGGUUGUAUGGCUGAUAGAAUAGAAUUCGUAUAAUUAGUAAUCAGUUAUGAUUUGUUAUUAAGAAAGUAUUGUAAUGUCAGCUUUACUCUGCUAGUUGUGACCUGAACGUUUCAGUAGAUUUCAAGGUGAAUUUAUUUAUUAUGUGUGUUUUACAGAUUCCUCGUUCUCUGGGAUAUUACACAGCUACAAUCUAAGCUCUUUAACGAUUACUCACAUAGGUAAGUUAUAGUAAUUUACUUCACCACUGGGGACAGGGAUACUCUAACAAGUGAUUGUGUAUUUGUAGAUACCAUGCAGUAGCACAGUAGAUCGGGAUAACUGAGUAACAGUUACUAUUUUUAGGUGUCAUACCUCAUUCAGGCAUACUCUAGUAACUGUGACUGUGUAUUACUGGAUACUAUGUAGUAGCACGGCAGAUAAGAUUACACUAGUGAACAGUGACUGUUCUUAGUGCUGGGGAAUAAAAUGGUGCUAUAUAAAUACCAAUUUAUAGUUUUAUAUAUAGUUUUUUGCUUGAACUAUAUUUACAAUAGUGUAGAUAGCAUUUUCCGUGCUUUGAAUACGUUGUGUAAAAUAUUACCAAAAUGACAAGGGAUUGUGAACUGAACCAAAAUGCUAAAUGUAUGCUACUAUAUUCAAGUAGUGCUUAAAGGUCAUUUUAAAUAUUUUUUGCAAAUGAGCACUUUUUGCCCUUUACUAAAUGUGGGUGUUUAGUGAAUAAACCCCAAAGCCUGUCUCAGAUUAUUUUGCAAUAUUUAAUGUGCCACUAGGUGUUUUUAUCCUGACUGUGACAUCAUGUGCUAGCCACAUAUUAAACAUGAUGCCUCCACAUUUGAGACAUUUGGGGACAUUGGCUAUUUAUCAGCUUACAUCUGACUACUUAGGGGAUGACAGAGGCUCUAUUUUCCACCAAACAUCCAGUUCCUUGCUGUUAGUGGGUAAAGUACAUUCUCGUUCUCUACUGACAUGUGUACCUGAUGUAUGAGGCUAGCAGAGGAAUAUUUAAGAACUAUUUGGAUUUUGGGUGUUCUAAGUCUUGUGUGUGGGGUAUGUUUAGUAUGGUAUGCUAAAUAUGCCAAUAAAUUGGGCUGGAGCAGCUACUGCCCUUCUUCUGCGUAUGGUGAUCUGUAAAAUUCUUCUACAUUGGAUCAGUGGUGAGGUCUUCUAAACAUAACGUAGAACAGGGGUGUCCAAAAGGUAGAUCCCCAGAUGUUUUAAAACUAAAGCUUCCAUGUUGGGCACCUCUGCCUUAGACAGUUUGCAGAGCACGUAGGGUAUAUAGGCAAGACCCUAGGUCUUUAAUGAUUAAGUCAUGAAAUACAAAGAACAUACAAUUUAUCAAAAGUAAAAUAGAUAAAAUUCACACAUUUUGAAUAUUCUCAAUAUGCAUGAUAAUAUUACAACAUAUGUUUAUAUAUAAAAGCACAAACACAAUUUCUUAUUAUAAUGCUUUCCAUUUAAGAUUUCAAAUGAUCUAUCAGUUGUUCUGUGGUCGACUAAAGCGUAUCAACUGUUUUGAGUAAGUGGGGGAAUAGGGAAUCUUUAGGGAACCAGGAUAGGAUUUCAAAGCAAGUACAGGUUGUAUGGCUGAUAGAAUAGAAUUCGUAUAAUUAGUAAUCAGUUAUGAUUCGUUAUUAAAAGACCACUAUAGUGCCAGGAAAACAUACUCGUUUUCCUGGCACUAUAGUGCCCUGAGGGUGCCCCCACCCUCAGGGUCUCCCUCCCUCCGGGCUCUGGGGAGAGGAAGGGGUUAAAAUCUUACCUUUCUCCAGCGCCGGGCGGGGAGCUCUCCGCCUCCGAUCCUGCUCCUCUCCUCCCUUUCAGCUGAAUGCGCACGCGCGGCAAGAGCUUUCCUAUGGAUGCUUGCGUGUUCUCACUGUGAUUUUUCAGCCACUAGAGGAUUUGAGGGCUGGAUUAACUCAUUUAUAAACAUAGCAGUUUCUCUGAAACUGCUAUGUUUAUUAAAAAAUGGGUUAACCCUAGCUGGACAUUGCACCCAGACCACUUCGAUAAACUGAAGUGGUCUGGGUGCCUAGAGUGGUCCUUUAAGAAAGUACGGUAAUGUCAGCUUUACUUUGCUAGUUGUGACCUGAACGUUUCAGCAGAUUUCAAGGUGAAUUUAUUUAUUAUGUGUGUUUUACAGAUUCCUCGUUUCUCUGGGAUAUUACACAGCUACAAUCUAAGCUCUUUAACGAUUACUCACCUAGGUAAGUUAUAGUAAUUUACUUUACCACUGGGGACUGUGUAUUACUGGAUACGAUGUAGUUGCAUGGCAGAUAAGAUUACUCUAGUGAACAGUGACUGUUCUUAGUGCUGGGGAAUAAACUGGUGCUAUAUAUAUACCAAAAAUAAUAAUACAGUAAUACUGCAGACAUAUAUAGUCUGAUGGUGUCAUGUGAAGACAGAUGCUCUAGUGCCUGAGUGAUUUGAAUGUCAUGUAGUAAUAUUGAGAACAGGUAUAUUCUAGUAAGAACAACUGUUCUUGGUUACAGCGCAGUAACACUACAGAUAGUAGUCAUCUAAUAAUAGUGACUGUUCUUGGGUGCCCCUCAGUCACACUGCAGACAGGGAUACUCUAAUAAUAGUGGCUGUUAUUGGGUACCACGCAGUAACACUACAGAGAGUAGUUAUCUAAUAAUAGUGGCUGUUCUUGGGUACCACGCAGUAACACUACAGAGAGUAGUUAUCUAAUAAUAGUGGCUGUUCUUGGGUACCACGCAGUAACACUACAGAGAGUAGUUAUCUAAUAAUAGUGGCUGUUCUUGGGUACCACGCAGUAACACUACAGAGAGUAGUUAUCUAAUAAUAGUGGCUGUUCUUGGGUACCACGCAGUAACACUACAGAGAGUAGUUAUCUAAUAAUAGUGGCUGUUCUUGGGUACCACGCAGUAACACUACAGAGAGUAGUUAUCUAAUAAUAGUGGCUGUUCUUGGGUACCACGCAGUAACACUACAGAUAGUAGUUAUCUAAUAUUAGUGCCUGUUCUUGGGUACCACACAGUAACACUACAAACAGAAUUCCUGUAAUAAUAGUGGCUGUUCUUGGGUACCACACAGUAACACUACAAACAGAGUUCCUGUAAUAAUAGUGGCUGUUCUUGGGUACCACACAGUAACACUACAAACAGAGUUCCUAUAAUAAUAGUGGUUGAGAGGGGAUAUGAUAACUUUAUACCAAUAUAUACGGGGCCAGUACAAACUUUUAUCUGGAAAUCUAUUCAUAAACAGGGCUAUACAUUGGACACGAGGUCACACAUUUAGGCUGGAAGAAAGGAGAUUUAAUCUAAGGCAAAGACAAGGUUUUUUUUUACAGUAAAAGCAAUAAGGAUAUGGAACUCUCUGCCUGAAGAGGUGGUUUUGUCAGAGUCAAUACAGAUGGUUAAACUGAAAUUGGAUAAAUACUUACAAAAACAUAACAUACAGGGAUAUAAUUUAUAAUUAGUGGGGUAAUAGCUGCUUGAUCCAAGGAGACAUCUGACUGCUAUUUUGGGGUCAAGAAGGAAUUUUUUUCUAGUUUGUGGCAAAAUUGGAAGCACUUCAGGCCAGGUUUUUUGCCUUCUUUUGGAUCAACAGCAACAACAUAUGUGAGGAAGGCUGAACUUGAUGGACACAAGUCUCUUUUCAGCUAUGUAACUAUGUAACUAUGUUCUUGGGUACCACGCAGUAACACUACAGAUAGUAGUUACCUAACAAUAGUGGCUGUUCGUGGGUACCACACAGUAACACUAGAAACAGAGUUACUGUAAUAAUAGUGGCUGUUCUUGGGUACCACACAGUAAUACUACAAACAGAGUUACUGUAAUAAUAGUGGCUGUUCUUGGGUACCACACAGACACACUACGGACAGUGGUGUAUUUUGGAUUUGUGCUGCCCUAGGCACGACUAAAUUCGGGCAUCCCAAAAUCUAAAUUUGCCCCUCCAAUUUGUGUCAAGGUCAUUUUCUUGACUGACAGACACAUGCCCUCAUUGAUAUAUGCACCGAUAUACACUAACUGACAGAUACACAGUCAUUGGCACACAUUGUUUAACCAACACACACUUUCACUGACAGACACACACUGACACACCCACUCACUGACAGGCACACACUCUCAGAUACACAUAAAAUGACAUAUACACACUCACACCCAUUCUCACUCACAGACACACACUGACAGGUACACUAACUCACUCACAGCCCAGUCCUCAGUAAGGUGGACUGCCCCAGAACACAAGGCAAACAAGGCAUUUGUCUGGGAAAGUGCUGCCCUAGGCAAAUGCCUUGUUUGCCUUGUGGUAAAUACAUCCCUGACUACGGAGUUACUGUAAUAAUAGUGGCUGCUCUUGGGUACCACGCAGUAACACUACAGAUAGUAGUUAUCUAAUAAUAGUGGCUGAUCUUGGGUACCAUGCAUUAACACUACAGAUAGUAGUCAUCUAAUAAUAGUGACUGUUCUUGUGUACUGUGCAGUAACACGAUUGGUGUAUCUUUGUUGCCAAUGAACUUAGAACCAAUUUUACAGUUUACAGAUAGAUAAAAUUGUCAAAGUAUGAUAAAACUACAACUACAUUGAAUUGGAGAAUUUUUGGUUUGGAUGUCACCCCACAUGUGGCAUCAUAGGGAUUUUACGAUGACCGAACACAGAGUUGUAGUGAAUUGUAAAGCAAACUGUGAAUUGUAGACGAUCUCUGCCAAUUUGGAAAUAAAUCCUCCAAUUUAUCUAUAGUCAAAGCCGAACUAUGUUGGCUUGAAUUUUGUAACUCACAACAAAUCUGUGUUUAGUGAAUAAACCUCUUAUAGUUUGAUAUUAAUAGUUUAUAACUAUUAUUAUAAUGAAUAUUGCUUUAUUUUCUAGUAAUACCUAUAAUUUGGAUGGUAUGGAGUCUAACCCCGGCACUUCCUUCAAUAAAACCAUGUACAGCCUUUUCUCUUCCUGCCGGCACAGUUUGCGCUUACUAUCGAAUGGCUACUACGUUGUGGAUGACAGCUCAGUUUUGUAUAACGAUGAUGGAAGUGUAGUCAUCAGUCCAACAAAACCUAAUGUAUCCUACAAAGAGAAUUCCGUCAGGUAAGUAUAAAUAUAUGUGAGGUUGGUCUCGGAGGUGAUACUAAAGUGACUUUUUUGAGAUUAAAAAAAUAUAUAUUUAUAUUAUUUCCUAUUUAGCCAUUUUAGUGAAGGUUCAAAACCUUCAUAUUUAGAUUAGUCUGUUCUGCACAUUUCUCCAAUACAUGAAUAUCAUAAUAAUAUUUACUAGUAUUUACAGACACAUUCCCAUAUCAGUUUCCUACACAGGAUUUAGGACGUUCAAAAUGAUUUACCUACAGAAGUGACCAUCAAAGUCUAAGGGAAUUUGUGUAGAUAAAUCCUUUAGAAUGUUUUUCUAACCAUGUUGAAUCAUUUGGAAAGCUAGUUAUAACGAGGUUUUAGAUCCUUAAGUAAAUACAUCUUUGAGCAGCCCAGAUGGACAAUUCUAAAGAAGUGUUUAAAGUAUAGGAAAAAUUCCCAAGGCAUUGACAAGUUUCCCCAAAGUGAUUUCCCAUUUAAUUCAGAUCCCAUUAGAGUUCUCAUGAGCAGGGAGGCUGCAUAUAGACCACGGAAUUUAGAAGCUGAUUUAAAGAACAACGGUUUUAUUUUUUAUUUUAUUUUUAAAACAGAGGGACAUUUACAUCACCGGAACACAUACAGGGUGGCCCAAAGGUAGGUAUACAUUGAAUCAAUGGAAUUCAUUACAACAGAUUAUAGGGGUACACAUCCAAAUUGGCAGUUAAAUGUCAGGCAUUUAAAUAUCAGUGUGGCCGUCAGAAAGGAAUGUUGCAACGUCGAUGGAAGACAUUUCAAGCCCUUAUGUUAUGUUUAAAUGUAAUACAAUGCAAAUAAACCAUACGGUAUACCUAUGUUUGGGCCACCCUGUAUAAACUGGAUUCUCUAUAGGGAAAGGCUGGCCACUUUUGGACUUGGAACAAGUAUAAAUAAGUGUUUUUUUUAGGGCACAAAAAUCACCAAUCUCUGUGUCUAUAAGCCUACUCAUAGGGCAGCAUUUGAAUUAUGUAUUUGCAGCUACCCUCAUUAUGACCGGCACAGCAUAAUGAAGCGAUGACAGGAGAUAUGUGCAUGACCCAAUGUCUUUAUUGUCACCAAUGCCAAACCAGUCUGUGUUAUCCUGAGUCCCCUCUUUUAAAAAUAUGUUUUUAUUAUAUACACUACACUCAUUGGUGUUGCAAUCUCUCACAUUACUCAUAAAUAACAUGAUACCCUAAUGUUAUGCACGCAGACGAUGUAUUUAAAAUAUACCGCAGUCACCAGCCGGGCAGAAUUUACAUGUAAGCCCCAGAGCACAUACCGAGCAUGCCCAUUCACAUAUCAGUCUGACAGUAUUGACUGUCCAUACAGGGUUCACAGCACCAGCAUCAAGCACAGAGCACACAUUAGCCCACUCAAUCAGCAUCAAACGAACAACAUUUACAUUAUGCACAUACCAAAAAUUAUGUGAUUCCUUUACCUAAUUAGCUUUUGCUAUGUCUAUUAGAAGGAUAUCCAAGCCAAAUAUCCAGAAAUUAUUUUACCUGUUCCCCUUUAAUAAUAAUGGGUUAGUAAAAGUUGGUUUCUUUAUUUGUAGAGCUGUUCAUGGGAUGCUUGGAAAUAAAAGCACUUUCCAAAUAAUUAAAUAAAAAAAUAAUAAUAUUCAUUUGCAACAAAUAUCGGAAAAUGCCAUAGGAAAGGCUUAGAUUAAUCUACCAGCCCAAAAUGCAAUCACUGUUGUGAGUUGGGGCACAGUGCGUUGAGGUAUUAUUAAUCCUUACAAUGGCUUUGUUUUACCCAGGAUCUUUCGAAAGAGGCGUAAACCGUUAACGCUAAGAAAACUAGACAUUGACGAUAUGGAGUGCAAGGAAUCCGAUUUGGAGGAUGACAACUGGGAUCCUCAGAGAGGAGAUUACAACUUCAGUCGAGGUCAGUGAUGUUUAUUAUCACACAUUGUAAUAUCCAUCCACAGGGAUGGCAGAAAUAUUCCACCCAAGAGACGAAGUAGACACAAAUUGUCCACUUGUUUUACUACAAGAGCGCUAUUGAAAAACAACUAUCAAUUGUUGGUUUUUUAGGGGGUUGGUUUAGAUUUGUUUUAGAACAUUCUCAGAAUCAAUUCAUUUGCAAAUCAUGAAAAAAUGAUCACGAGAAAGGCAAUUUUCGUGGUAUCAAGUACAGCUGAUUGGAUGGAAAUCUGGUAACUAAAGGUAGUAUUUUUAGUUGGUGCAGUUAUGAAAACUCCAGAAAAUCAUUCCAUAGGUUAGCACCCACUCCAUAAACUGGUACAUAGUGAGUUUACUGAGUACGUGACAUCUCACAGGAUAGGAAGUUGGAAUAUGGCGAGUAAAUCUUCCCAAUACUGUGAGUUAUGGGUAUGGUUCGAUUUAUUCUGUUAGCCCAGGGUUAUUCGCAAAAGUAAAAAAUUUCAAACUUAAGGCACAAAUAGCCAAACUGGCAACAUUCUCUAAGUCAACUAUUCUUCCUCUAAGUGGCUACUAUGUCCUUAUAUUUGAAAUUCACACUGUAUGUGAAAAUAGUCGUAAAUUCUAAGUAAAUUUCAUAUUUUAAGGUUUAACUGAAAAUAAAAAUCUUUAAGUCAACCAUGCUUUCAGAUUGGCAAUUUUGGCAUUAAACUUGUAAUUCACUUAGAAUUACCGACAGUAUUCACAUUAGCGGGUACCCCCAUAUGUGUGUGUGUAACAUGGAAUUCUAUAGUCUCUGGUCGUUACAGUGCUACAAUGACUGAAACAGCUGCGGUAGUCAUAAUAAUGUGUGUUCCUUUAAUAUAACAUUCAAAUUACAAAACCCAUCAUUCUUGUUAUUAUCUACUGUCCACCAGUUUAAAUGGAUAUUCUCAGUACUACAGCCACUACGACUCAUUAUAAUAGUUAGGUACAAGGAAUAAUUGGGUUCUCCCCCUGUUUUCUAUUAAACUAUUUUUGAGAGCUUUCACAAAAAAGGUGUCUUCCUGGCAUUCAAAGCCCGACCCAUCUCCUACAGCUCAAAUAAUGAAGACGUUUUGUGUUCGCAUUAUCUGCACAAAGCUAUCUAGCGUUACAGUACGAUCGGCUCUGAGCUCUGGGCUCACAGUCACUAUCUCCAUUUAGUAGUUUAGUUUACAAUAAUAUGUUGGCAAUAUAGAAAUAAUGUUUUUUUGUUUUUUAGAUUGUCCCUUUAAAGUUCCCAUUAAUGACCUGACUUUCUGCUGUUAAGUUAAUCUGCAAUAUCCACUACUGAUCAUUUGUCCUGUGUGUCAUUUAGUAGCUGUAUUGUAUUCAUGUUGCUCAGAGCAUGUUUAAAUGAGAAUCAUUUUGCUGCAGUCUCCCCUGUUUAACACUUCCUAAAUAAAAUGAGAACUUUAUUAUCCAGCAUUACCCAUGUUUGAAUUUACCUAUGUUAAACAUUUUUGUUUAUUUUUUAACAGAAAUGAUGCCGGUAAAGUCGUAUCCUCUCGGGGUUUUACUCGAUCCCAUGGAAGAUUCGGUCACUGCUGAUGAAACACAAGACUCCCUGUCACAUUUUUCAUCUGAAGAAUUCCUGAGCAUUAACAAUGGUAGGAACACAAGGGGCGUUGAGGAUCUGAAACCCAGACUGAUACCGCCUAAGUGUACUUAGUAAGGAAGGAAAGACCCAGUUUUAAGCCCAAUUCCCUCUGUCCCUCAUUUCUAUCCCAAUGUCCCUCUUUUCUACGAACUCCAUAUUGUUGGAGUGUCUGGGCGUAUAACAGAGCUCCACAGUAAUAAUACUCCCAGUAAUGUGUCUGAGUGUAUAACAGAGCUCCACAGUAAUAAUACUCCCAGUAAUGUGUCUGAGUGUAUAACGGAGCUCCGCAGCAAUAAUACUCCCAGUAAUGUGUCUGAGUGUAUAACAGAGCUCCACAGCAGUAAUACUCCCAGUAAUGUGUCUGAGUGUAUAACAGAGCUCCGCAGCAAUAAUACUCCCAGUAAUGUGUCUGAGUGUAUAACAGAGCCCCGCAGCAAUAAUACUCCCAGUAAUGUGUCUGAGUGUAUAACAGAGCUCCACAGCAGUAAUACUCCCAGUAAUGUGUCUGAGUGUAUAACAGAGCUCCGCAGCAAUAAUACUCCCAGUAAUGUGACUGAGUGUAUAACAGAGCUCCCCAGCAAUAAUACUCCCAGUAAUGUGUCUUUAAACUACAAUAAAUGUGGUUAGAAAUCAGUCUGCAUAAAUAACAUACAAUGUUCCCCACACCCCUAGCGAUCGUCCACCCCCAAUAAAGAAAAUCCUUAACUAUCCUCCUCACCCUAAUAAUAGAGAAGGGGCUUUAGUAUGUACCUCCAUGUUUUUAGAUCCCCCACCUGUGGAACUUUUAGGGACAGGACCCUAAAAAACACACUAAAACCUGAAAACUAAAACAGAAGACACACUAAUUAAAUGAAAACCUGUUAAUUAUCCUGAUAACAUAUUUGCGUUUUUUGACAUAGAUUAUUAAUAGCAUUUAUUAUAAAAAAAAAAAAGUGUGUGCCCCCUACAGUGACAAUUCAAACUGAACUUUGAAUUCACCCUUUAGUGGAUAACCAUGUAACAGUUUAAAUCCAGGAGAUUUUCUUCUAUAAACAUAAUGGCAGCUUACUUUUCCCCUCUUGUUUCAGAAUCUGAUAAACAGAAAACUUGGAUCGGAAAAGCAGCGUUGUUUUCCUUGUUCUUCCUCAUAUUGCUGUGUGCACGGUAAAGGUCACCUAGAACUUGGCCCAAGAUAUUCCUGUGACCCAGGGAAACUAUGACUUCGGUGUCUCCACUAAGUACAUCCCUGUGUCAUUCAAUAUCGAGAGAAAGGAGGAGUAUGGAUUCACCUGCAAAAUCAAAGAAUCCCCUUUCUAUUGCUGAUAUCGGGACACAAAAAUCCUUAGAUAAUAUAGUUAUAUUCAGCAAGUCUCCCAACUGUCCCAAUUUCGCUGACACAGUCCAGAUUAUCAUGGCAGCUUUUGGGGACACCAGGGUACUCUCCAGAACACGCAUUGUGUGAGCAUAUCAUUAAAUGCGCUUACACUAUGUUCAAGGAACUAGGACCCUGCACUGAAACAGGGUUCCUUACAAGGUCUGCACGCUUGGCAGGCAGCUUGGAGUGCAUUCACGUAGGGCUGAUCUGCCAGUAAUUUAUGGGCGGAUUUGCCUCCUAUAGGGCAAAUCACAUCACUGGCACGUCCCCUUUUACCUCCUCCCACCGCAUCCCAUUCUCGAGACACCGGCGUUGGGAGGUAUGUAUUCAGUAUCCAGCUAGUCAGCCCCAGAUAGCCAGGGUCAGAUAUAUAUAUAUAUAGGUGAGAAUACAAAUUAUCUUUUUGAUAUACUUCAUAUUUUCCAUGAUCAGCUUAUACCCAGACCACAGCUAUCCACGUGUGGAAUGGUACCACAAUGAUCAGAUACCUGACAUAGUUCCAGAAACGGUUCAGCAAUAGUCGGUUGUCAUGAGAACCACAUUUGAAGUGGUGGUGGGAAGGGGAAUUUCAACCGCAGACAUAUACAUCCACCACCAACUACACAAGUGACAGGGACAGACGAGGGCUUUAAAUUUGACUUUAAAAGUUCUUUUUUUACACGUUAUUCAUUAUUAUGUUUGUUAUUUGUAGGUUUUUGAUGGCAGGACACGCUGGUCUGCUGAUAGCUUUGCUCCUGCUCGUUAUUAUCUGUAAGUAAUGGUUAUUUACCUUCUAUGUUCAUAGCAAAGGGAUGUUGGAGGAUAUAAAUAAUAUUUAUAUAAUAUAUGAUAAUAAACGGAGGUCACUUUGAGAAAGUCCUAAAAGAUAUGGAUACCACAAUUCAACCCAUUGUAAUAGCAGACCCUCUCUGUUAUUAAAUGUGUUCAUAUUUCUUCACAAAUUAUACAUUUUUAACAAUUUAAAUAAAAGAAAACGAUUGCUUGACACUAUUGUUCGUGCAUGAUGGAAGUAGGAGGGUAAAGUAGUCACUAGACACAAAUACUACAGGCACUGUCAUAGGGAGCUCACAAGUGGCAUGAUGUGGCGAAAAAGGCAUAACUAGGAGAAUGAAGAUGCAAUUGCACUGAAGUGCUCCCAUAUGGUUCAAAUAUUUUGAAUUAAUUUCACGAAAUGUAUUCAAUGUAUUAUAACCACUUCAGGAUCACUCUGUACAUGGUCAACCCUUAGGGUAGGCUGGCCAGUACAGCUGGCAAUCAGUCUGGUACACAUGCAAGCUUCAAGCCAACUUGCGCUCUCUUUGUUAUUGCAUUGCCCCCACCAAAUUAUCAGUGGCACUCAAUGCAACACCUACAUGUCCGACACAUUGCUGUUACAGUAAAAGACAAUAUUACGGAUUAAUCUGACAGUAAGUGGACUGGGUGUUCAUAAUGCGUGGGAAAUAAGCUAAGCAUGUCUUCACUGCAGACACAAAUAAGAUCUGGAAAUUGAAAAGUUGGCAAAAAUUUGUACAGAAGUAGGUUUCACAAAGUGCAAGGGGUCGAAUUUACUACUCAAAUAAGAGGCACUUAGCAGAUAUUUAGAAGUGCUUAGUAAGCAGCCAGUAAUGUAAUCCCCAUGUGUCUGAAAAGAACUGCUUUUAGAUGUAAGCACUCUUCAGCGAUCCUCUGUGCCAUACAAUACUGCCGGAACUGUGCAGAGUAUAGCGUGAUUGUUAACUCGUUGAUCUUUGGAUCGGAUAGUUGGUGGCCAGACACUGUGGGUUUCUCACCAAAGAAUGAACUGCAGUGAAAUGAAAAAUGCUGAAUUAAUGCUCCAAUAGCCAAAUCAAUUAUUGUGGCCAACAUUUUGCAAUUCAGAUUCUGAUCGCUUCAUUGCAUUAUUUAGUGUUUAACCCUAAAUCUGUAGACCUGGGCUUUGUUGGUGUUUUCCCAAUCAGGAGCAAGGUACGUCUGACCUGUGUUAAAAAUUUAAAUGACCUCACUUGUGCGACUUGCAGCUGCAUAUGACUUAAUUACAAUCUUGCGUGGCGCCAAGUCUGAAAGUCUAUCAGCCUGCUUCCCAGUGCCAUUCUUUCUGGGCAUGAUUCUAUAUAGGUUGUGCAUGAAACAUUUUUUGGGCCUAGUGAUCUAAUGUGUUUUCUGUGAUCCUUGUGAAAUGUUUCUGAGGGGCUUACAGGCCAAAAGGCUUGGUAAUAAAGAUUAUGUGAGCUCAUCCAUACUGUUCAUUUUAUAUACUUUUUCUGUGAUUAACACAAAAAAUAUAUUCUUUUAAAAUAUAACCAUUAGUUACUUAAACCCCCCCCCCCCAAAAAAAUCAAGCAAACAAUCGCCUUACUCUUUUGUUCAGAUAUGUUAUGACAUAUGUUCCCUCCUGUCUAAUCAUUAGCACUAGUGACCAAAUUGCUCAUUUAGAAAUUAUAUCAUAUUUUAUUCAAUUCUGCAACUGCUAUAAUUGUUGAUUUUACCUUUCACAGAUUUUGCUCUUCCACAAACAAGAAUUACUGAAGCUCAAAGCAAUCAAAAUGUAAGUGUGUGCAGAUAAAUGUACAAAUGUUGCAUAGAAACUCGCUGCUCUUAUUGUACGAUUGCAGUCUCCCCCUCAUUGUGCAUGAUCACAGACUCCCCUUCCUUCUGUAUGAUUCCCGAGUCCUCAGUUUGCAUGUUUGCAGGCUGUCCCACCUUGUCCCCUUCAUUGAAAGUGUUAGGAAGCUGAGUCCUGAUUCUCCCACCCCAGUAAUUGCUAUUGAAAUGCGAACUGAAUGAGGAGUGCAGUAAUGCCGUUGCCCCUCAGUUCUGCAAGGUAUCUGCAAAGAAAUUCUAAACAUGUCAAUGAAUGCUCAAACAUUUCCUUGUAAAGCGUCAUACCUGAGCAUACAGAACCAUGGGGAUCCAGUUAAUUUACAUGGCCGGCCCUGACUAUGACGGCAUGUCUUGCUACAGACUAUAAUGAAUGCUGCGGCAAGGCUCCUCUUUCUGUCCUCCUAUCAGUUAUUGCAUUGGCUUCUUGUAAGAUAUAGGCAUCAAUUUAAAAGUCUGUUCCUUGCUUAGAAAUCUCUUCCUAAUACUGCUCCUGUCUACCUACCCUCACUAAAACACAAGUAUGUCCCAUCCAGGCCAUCAAACUCUGCUGAAGACCUUCAAUGUCCUCUGUUCAUACUCUUUAAACCUUCUCUAGGGCUGCACCAUUUCUUUAAAACUGCUCCAAUAAAUCUUCACUGCAAACUUCAAGAAAGCUUAUUAAACCGUUAACUGCUUUCUCUCCCCACACCUCACUAACCAGCCUCCUCUCCUGCAACGGUGUCGUCAUCUACAAAACUAAGCCUUCACUGUAAACUCUUCUUGCGACCUACUUUUUCCAUACACGAAGUACAUCCCAGCCUUACCUCUUGUGCCACUUUACCUCACUCCCUCUAGAAUGUAAGCUCUCUACACUCUAUUCCUGUCCGUCCAACUUGUCUUGUUGUAGUCCACCUAUUGUACAGCGCUGCAGAAUUUGAUAGUGUUUUAUAAAUAAUAAUAACAUGACAGGUGCGCCAGACAUGUAAUGGCAAUUGAUAAUUUUAACAAAGAAAGCCACAACCUACUUUUAGUGCAUCAUUUUUUUAUUUUAUUUUUGUAAUUUUGAAUACUUUCUGAAGUCAUGAUUUCAACAUGAGGGUUUAAGAGGUAAAUUUUUUUCAUGGCAGCCUCUGUGUUGAGAAAGUAGAUGCGUUUUAGUUUUCAAGAAUAAUAAUUGAGUUAUUGAAUAACGUUCUAAUUUAUUCUUUUCCACAGGUUCAUGAGGAGAAUGUCAUUCAUCACCGCUGAUUGCUCUACUUACUAUUCAAAAUAGAGAAAAGAAACAAAAAUGACCAACUAGUUUUCUUAUUUAUGACUAUGUGGCUGGAAUAGGAUCUAAAAGUUAAACGCUUAGUAGGAUUAAUAGUGUUUGUAUGACAAAUAUUUAACUUGUACAUAAUAUCAUCAAUGUCAUGAAUAAGCUGUGACAGAUGAUGUCUCUAUCACAAAUAAUGAAAGUAACAAUAUGUUACGUUUCUACCCACCAUUGAGAUGUUAAAUGUGCAAGUGAUUGGGUUUGCUUAGAAGUCUACAAUACAGUACAGUAACCAAGCCCUACUUUUCCUCUGGAGCCCAGGUGUGGCAAUAAUCUAUAUUCUAACAGUAAAACCAUUAAUCAAGGGGGUUAGUGGGGGCAAAAAUAUAAUGUCCUAGGUUAACCUUCACAAAUAGCUUUAUAUAUACGCAUUUAUCAUUUUAGGAAGAAGUAACACUGUAUAUCUACAGUGAGGGAAAAAAAGGAUUUGAUCCUCUGCUGAUUUUGAACGUAUGUCCACUGACAAAGAUAUGAUCAAUCUAUAAUUUUAAUGGUAGGUGUAUUUC